AUGGACCUCACCUCGAAUCGUUGGCAGGACGUUGUUGGUCAGUUUCCACAGCUGAAGACAUACAAUCAUGGUCUGAUGAUAUUCCCACUGAAUGACGGCAUUUCAGAGGAGUCCGUAGUGGAUGAGUUGAGAACGGCCCUGGCGAGGGUCGUUGCAGCUGUUCCCUGGCUUUCAGAGAGAGUCGUCGGGCACGUUCUUGAUACCAUAUCUUCUGCAACAUUCAACACAGUUCCAUGGGCAGAAAAUGUUCGGGGCGCCAAACAGCUAUACGUGAAGGACCUCAAAGACGCUUGUGCGUCGUUCGAAACCAUAUCUCGAGCGGGUGGGCCAGUAUCACUACUCGACGGCAACAUCUUGUGUCCAUUUCCAGGCUUCCCACUGAGUUAUGAUGAAGAAAAAAUCGGCCCUGCUCCGGUUGUUGCUGUCCAGGCAAGCCUUAUCAAGGGAGGCUUGAUCUUGUGUCUUUCCAACCAGCACAAUCUGAUGGAUGCUACGGGCGUGUUUGCGUUCGCCACACUACUGGCUACUGCCAUGUCGCCUGAUGGCAUCCCCGAACACCUUAUCAGCCAGGCAAUGAUAGAUCGAUCUAGGGUAAUUCCACUGCUGGAUCCUGGGCAGCCUGUCCGAGAUCACAGCCACUAUUUCAAAAAGAUCGCUUCUUCACAGCAAAACCAACCCUUAUCAUCUUCAGCAAAAUGGUGCUUAUUCCGUAUAUCCCAGCGCUCGGCUGCCGAGAUCGAAGCAGCCGCUUCAGACCCACUGGAUUUUGAUCCUGCUAUCUCGCAUAUCUCAACCAACGACGCACUCUGUGCCUUUUAUUGGAAACGAUUGGCUGCCAUCCGCCUCUCGAACGGGAGCGCGAGCCGACACUCGACGUCAAAAUUCUUACGGGCAAUAGACGCCCGGUCAGCAGUCGGUCAGCCACAAGGCUACAUGGGUCAGAUGAUUUACCACGCGGCAACGUCUUUCACGUUUGGAGAGCUUGUUGAUGAUGAAGACCUUUCGCUGUCAGCACUGGCAUCACGCAUGCGGGUGGACCUAAAUGAGUCCAACAACGAGUGGGCGGUACGAAGCUACGCCACUUUUUUGGCGGGUGUUCCCGAUAAGUCGCAAUUGCUCUAUGGCGGGGGGCUGGAUCUGAACCUGGACGUGGGCAGCUCAGCUAUGACACAUCGAUCCACGGCAUCUGGUCACUUUGGCAUCUUGGGGAAACCAGCAUUGGUACGGCGACCCGACCUGACACCCGUCCCAAGCAUGCUGUAUUUCUUCCCGCCUGAUACAGAGUCAGCCCAAUUGCCUGUGCUGGUAUGCCUGAAUGAACCAGAUCUGACGGGCUUAAGGGCGGACCCAGAGUGGAAUCACUACGCUGAGUUCAUCGGGUGA